AUGAAGACCGAUUUCAGGUUUUCGAACUUACUGGGCACGGUGUACUGCCAGGGCAAUUUGCUCUACAGUCCCGACGGCACCCACCUCUUUUCGCCCGUUGGCAACAGAGUGACAGUCUUUAACCUCGUCGAAAACAAAUCAUAUACCCUUCCCUUUGCGCACCGGCAAAACAUUGCCCGCAUCGGCCUCACACCACGCGGAAACCUCCUCCUCACUGUCGACGACGAUGGCCACGCCAUUCUGACAAACGUCCCCCGAAGAAUAUCGAUAUACCACUUCUCCUUCAAGUCCAAAAUCACCGCGCUCUCCUUUUCGCCUUGUGGUCGCUACUUUGCGGCCGGCCUGGGCCGCAAACUCGAAGUAUGGCACGUGCCGUCGACGCCGGACACCAACGCCGGUGGCGAGCUGGAGUUCGCGCCGUUUGUCAAGCACCACACGCACACUGCACACUUUGGCGACGUGCAGCAUAUUGAGUGGUCCAGCGAUUCGCGCUUCUUCCUCACAGCAUCCAAGGACCUGACGGCGAGGAUAUGGAGCCUCGGCGCGGAGGAGGGCUUUACGCCGACGGUGCUCUCGGGGCACAAGCAGCCGGUCAUUGGCGCGUGGUUUUCAGCGAACCAGGAAAUCAUCUACACAGUCAGCCAAGACGGCGCGGUGUUUGAUUGGCGGUAUGUCAAGCCGAUUGACCGCCUCAAAGAGGAUGACGAAAUGGACGACGACGACGACGAGUCUGAUAUGCAUUGGCGCAUUGUCCAGAAACACUUUUUCAUGCAGGGCAGCGCGCACGUCCGUUGCGCGUCAUUUCACCCUGAGUCAAACCUUCUCGUCGCGGGCUUUUCAAACGGUCUUUUUGGCCUGUACGAGAUGCCCGACUUUAACAAUAUCCACAAGCUGAGCAUCUCGCAAAACGACAUUGACUUUGUCACCAUCAACAAGACUGGCGAGUGGCUGGCCUUUGGCGCCUCCAAACUCGGCCAGCUGCUUGUCUGGGAGUGGCAGUCCGAAUCAUACAUCCUCAAGCAGCAAGGCCACUUUGACUCCAUGAACUCGCUCGUCUACUCGCCCGACGGCACCAAAAUCGUCACCACCGCUGACGACGGCAAGAUCAAAGUCUGGGACAUUGAAUCCGGGUUCUGUAUCGUCACCUUUACUGAGCACACCUCUGGCGUCACGGCCUGCGAGUUUGCCAAAAAGGGCAACGUCCUCUUCACGUCCAGUCUGGACGGCUCCAUCCGCGCCUGGGAUCUCAUCCGCUACCGCAACUUCCGCACCUUUACCGCGCCGACGCGCCUCUCCUUUUCCUGCAUGGCCGUCGACCCCAGCGGCGAGGUCGUCGCCGCCGGCUCCCUCGACUCCUACGACAUCUACAUCUGGUCCGUGCAGACGGGCCAGCUGCUCGACCAGCUCGCAGGCCACGAGGGCCCCGUGUCCGCGCUCGCGUUUGCGCCCAACGGCGACUCGCUCAUCUCGGGCAGCUGGGACCGCACCGCACGCAUCUGGUCCAUCUUUAGCCGCACGCAGACGAGCGAGCCGCUGCAGCUGCAGGCCGACGUCCUCGACAUGGCGGUCCGCCCGGACUCGCUGCAGCUAGCCAUCUCGACGCUCGACGGCCAGCUGACGUUUUGGACCAUGGACGCCGAGCAGGUUGCCGGCGUCGACGGACGCCGCGACGUCUCGGGCGGCCGCAAGAUGACCGACCGCCGCACGGCCGCCAACGUCGCCGGCACCAAGGCGUACAACUCGAUCCAGUACAGCACUGACGGCAGCUGCAUCCUCGCCGGCGGCAACUCAAAGUACAUUUGCCUCUACUCCGUCACCACCAUGGUGCUGCUGAAAAAGUUCACCGUCAGCGUCAACCUCUCGCUCUCGGGCACGCAAGAGUUCCUCAACAGCAAGCUCCUCAACGAGGCCGGCACGGCGGCCGACAUUGACGAUGACGACAUCUCGGACCGCGAGGCCUCCCGCGCCGCCGAUGGCCUGCCCGGCUCCAAGCGCGGCGCCGACCCCUCAGCCCGGAAGCGCUUCCCCGAGGUGCGCGUCAGCGGCAUCGCCUUUUCGCCCGCCGGCACCGCCUUUUGCGCCGCCUCCACCGAGGGCCUGCUCAUCUACAGUCUCGACACGACGGUGCAGUUUGACCCGUUUGACCUCAACAUGGAGAUUACGCCGGCCUCGACCCUCGCGGUGCUCGAAGGGGAGCGCGACUACCUCAAGGCGCUGGUCAUGGCGUUUCGCCUCAACGAGGCCGCCCUCGUCAAGCGCGUCUUCCAGGCGAUCCCCCACGGCGACAUUGGCCUCGCGGUCGCGGGCCUGCCCGUGGUCUACGUCCCGCGCCUGCUGCGCUUCGUGGCUGCGCAGACGGAGGAGUCGCCGCACAUGGAGUUUUGCCUGCUCUGGAUCAAGGCGCUCGUCGACAAGCACGGCGCGUGGCUCACGGCGAACCGCGGCAAGGUCGACGUCGAGCUGCGCGUGGUGAACCGCGCCGUGAACCGCAUGCGGGAUGACAUUAAGCGGCUGGCGGACGAAAACGUCUACAUGGUUGAUUACUUACUGGGGCAGGCUGGUACCCAGGGUGCGGGCAAGAAGGCGCUGACGGCUGGUGAUGACAAGAAGGAUGUUGUGAGCAUUGAUGUAGACAUGAAUGGCGACAAUGAGGAAGCACCUAGUGAUGACGACGAUGAAUGGAUUGGGCUGGAGUAG